AUGGCUCAGUGUGUGUUUACAGGUUCUGUUGAAGCCGUGAGAGACUCCGAGGUUUUCUCAGUUAACCCAGGUGACACCGUUCCUCUUAACUGCAGGUCUCAGAGUGCAGCCUGGUACAAGCAGAGACUGUGGCGAGCAUCACUGGAAGCUGAACAGACGUCAGAUGAUGGAAGAAAUUCUGUUAUUCAGACACAAUUUGAACUGAAAUGGAUCGAGAGCAGCAGCAGCCCAGGAGCUCUUCAUUUAGAAAAAGUUAGUGAAGAAGAUCAGGGAAUGUACUUCUGUGGAGUGAAAGAUGAAAACACCUUGAACUUUAUUACCAGCGCUUUAAUAGACGUGACAGGAUAUCCUCAGCUAAACGUUUCAGUGGACGAGACUCCAGUACCGGGAUCAGUUUCUCCAGCAGAUCCGGUGAUUCUACAGUGCUCAGUCCUCUCUGAGAUCAGAUCAGCAGAACUGAGAGUGUUCUGGUUCAGAUCUGCUGCAGGAUCAUCCUUUCCUGAAAUCAUCUUCACUCAUCACAACAGCAGUCAGCCCGGAACACACCGCUGCGUUUACAACUUCUCCCCCAACAUCACCAACAACAGCCACGCCCACUACUGCGCCAUGGCCACCUGCUGGAGACUCCUACCAUACAGAUCACCUGCUGACCUCAAGUCAGCAGCAGAGCUAAUCCCCAAUCAGGACCUCGCUGCUGCAGAGCGGACCUACGCUGCCAAGCAGCCGAGAGUGACGAGUGGAAACAGCGUGCACUGUGAACUGGAAUACUUUAUGGUGACUGAUAUGAGAGUGUGAUAUGAGGCCACAGUGUCAGAGGGUGUGAUCAGACUGAUGGUGUCUGAUGGUACGCACACAUGGACAUCUGGUCACUGUUUUUCUGUUUUAUUUUAUUGUUAUCUGUGUGAAAAAAGCAACAGGUCAGUUUGUUAAACUAAAGCUGUGAUCACACUUUAUCAGAACUGAGACUUCAUUAGAAAACAACUAGACUCCACCUAAGAAUAAACACUGCAUCUUAUCAGAUCAGAUCAGAAUGACCCACCACCCAAUAAUAGCUGCUCUGUGGUGGUCUCUCCUGUGGGGUCCUGAUCGUUGAAGAACAGGGUGAAAGGAGAAUAAUAAUAAAGUAUGCAAAGAAACAGAUUGUAAUAAUAGAACUACAAAUAUAGUGUCCUCUAUGAUCAUUAGUAGCAUCUUAAAAAGUGAACAGUAAAUAGCCCUAUUUGAGUAAUGUUUUAAUCCAUAUUAUGGCAAUAACUUCUCCACUAAGUAAAGAAAAAUAAUUAUUUUAAGAAAUGAGGGUUAGUCAAUCCUAUAAAAAUUCAAAUUUUAAAGGAUCCUUAAGUGCAGUCACAAAGACCAUCAAAAAUAUUAUGAUGAAACUGGCACUCAUCAGGACCACCCCUGGAAAAGAAAGACCAAGAGUUAUCUCUGUUGCACAGGAUAAGUUCAUCAGAGUUACCAGCAUCAGAAACCGCAAGUUAACAGCAUCCCAGAUACUGUAAGAGCCCCCUAAAUGCUUUACAGAGUAUUUUUGUUUGUUUAACAUUUUUAAGUUUAAUACUGUAGAUGAUUCAUUAUGUGUUCCUUCAUAGUCUGGAUAACUUCAGUAUUCAUUUACAAUGGAUGGAAAAUGUGUGUCCAAACUUUUGACUGGUACUGUAUGUAGAUGUAGUAUCUCUUCCAUGGGAUCAGUAAACAAUUUCACACACAAUUUCAAAAGCAAAUGUCAGUAUAAAAAAUAGAGAUACGAGGUUUUUG